GCGGCGGCGGUCGUGGCCAUGGUGGAGGGCCCGGGCUGCGCGCUCUGCGCCGAGCGCCUGCGGGCGCGCCUGCGCCGGGGACAGCGCGUGCGGGCCGCGCGGGGCGGCGCGACUGCUGCAAGUAAAGAGGGAAUCUCUGGUCAUGAUUUCCUUGUUGGACAUGUUUACAGGGGUGUGGAGACAUUGGGAAAGGAACUUUUUAUGUAUUUUGAUCAGAAAGCUUUGAGGAUUCACUUUGGUAUGAAUGGUACCAUGCGCAUUAAUCCUGAUGGAAGCAAAGACAGAAACGGAGGACAACCAGUUUUGGAGAUACAGCUUGUGGAGGAUACUGUUUGUUUUUGGGAUGUGACAGUAGAGUAUAGAAAUGCAGCUGAGUGUGAGCAGAAAGUGAGGAUGAUGGAAAGUUUGGAUGUCUGUUCUCCAAAGUUUAGCUUCUCAAGAGCAGAACAUGAGAUUAAGCAGCAGAACACCCGUAUGUUGUGUGAUGUGUUACUGGAUCAAGCAGUGUUACCUGGAGUGGGAAAUAUCAUAAAGAAUGAAGCACUGUUUGAUAGUGGUCUUCAUCCAGCUCUUAAGGUUUGCCAGCUGACAGAUGAGCAUAUACGUCACUUGGUGAAAAUGACACGUGAUUUUACCCUGCUUUUUUAUAAGUGCCGCAAAACGGGGUCUGCGCUAUACCCACACUACAAAGUGUACAAGCGCCCAGCCUGCAGGGAGUGCAGUGGCAGCGUCACCGCGUGUCGCCUGGGAGACCAUAGCAGGAUGACUUACUUCUGCUCUCGAUGCCAAAAGGCAGAUCCCCAGCUUGUCAGUCUUAGCAAACUGCCAGCUAGAAACAGCCUAAUUGGCUGGGCAUAUGGCAGGGGGUCAUGUUCUAAUGAACAUGUAGCUCGGAAAUCUGAAGAGGAGUGGACGUGUAUGUGCUGCACCCUAAUAAACAAGCCUUCUGCUGAAAUUUGUGAUGCCUGUUUGACUUCAAGACCUGAAGUUCCAAAGAUGGAGAGUUUUGAAGAUUCUGCGGCCUUUAACACAAACUUAAUGAAGUACCCUUGUAAUGAUUUCAGAAAACCAAGCACAGAAAUAAAAAUCAAUAGGAAAACUGCAUUUGGAACUACAACUCUUGUCUUAACAGAUCUUGGUAACAAAACUGUUUCGAGAAAUGAUAUCCAGGUAUCUGGUGGACACAGUGAGUGUGUUUUUCCAAAAAGCAAUUGUAAACAGAUCCAAAGCAAUGCCUGCCAGUCAGGAGGAAGCACAGACAAGGAGUGCUCAACACAUGUAACUGCCCUGGCUUCGUCCUCCUGUCAGCAGCCAGUCUCUUUCAAACACAUACAGAAGAAACAGAAAACUGAUCAUGUACCUUUGGUUCACCCAUAUAAUAGAGCAAUCAGCGCACCUCAAACUAAUGUGAGAGAUGAUACUCGUACGUCGAGCGUGGGGCGUCCUCACUGCAGUAAACACAGCCGUCUCUGCAGCCUCAGAGUUGUGAGAAACGAUGGAGAAAACAAGGGAAGGCAGUUUUACUGCUGCCCCCUCUCUAGGGAAACUCGGUGUGACUACUUUCAAUGGGCUGAUUUGGAUUUUCCAUUUUGUAACCAUGGCAAGCGAUGUGUUAUGAAGACUGUGUUGAAGAUCGGUCCCAAUAAUGGAAAGAACUUUUUUGUGUGCCGUCUUGAGAAGGAAAAACAGUGUGGCUUCUUCCAGUGGGUAGAAAAUGGGCCAGAUAUGCAGAUUCUUCCAUGAUGCUCAUGUUACAGUUAUCUGUUCUUCAGGAUAUCUUAAGUGCCUGUAGUAAUUUCUCUUUCAUUCUUUUUCCCUGAUUACUCAUUAAUUAGUAAAAGAGCUCCAAUGUAAAGAACAGAUCUAGAAAGAGUAAUUUUACAUAGUCAUAUAAAAAUUAAACACUGCUUAUAUGCAGCCUACAAUUUUGAAAUAAACAUUUAGCUUGCAACAUAGUGUGACAUACUAUUGUAUUUCUAAUAAAAAUUGCA